GCCGGGCCGGGCCGGGCGGCGGCGUUCGGGGCUCUCGCUCCGCUCCGUUCCGCUCCGGUCGCCGUCGCCGGCGGGGCCGGGGCCGCCCGGCCAAAGUCCCGUCGCCAUGAGCGGGGCUCCGGGCGGCCGCCGGCUCGUCUUCCCCCGGCUCCCAGGGGAGCUGGUGCUGGAGGAGGCGGCGGGCGCCCGGCAGCGCUGCGGCGGGGGAGACGAAUCCGUCCCCGGGACGCUGCUCUGCACCAACCGCCGCCUCGCCUUCCUGCCCGCCCAGGCCCCCAGCUCCCGAGCUUUCCCCCGCAGCGAGUACGACGUGGCGCUGCCCUGUAUCCGCAAGCUGGUGGCAGCCAGCAGCUUCAGCAAGCCCAAGGUGCUGACAGCAGCUUCCACCCUCAAGUUCAUCCCCGAGGAGCUGUUGGUUUUCUGCCGGGAUUUCCGUCUGCUGCGCUUCUCCUUCCACCAGGACGGGUUGGCCCCGCAGGCGUUCCGGGUCGCCAACGCCAUCGCCCAAGCGCGGGAGGCGGCCGCGUGGCUGAGGGACACGGGCGAGGGACACGGGGGCUGGUCCUGCCCCACUGAAACCCCUCUGGAGGAUGAGCAGGAGGAGGAUGAGGAGGAUGAGGAGGAGGAGGAGGAAGGCUCAGCUGCCACGCUGCUCUUUGAGAACCUGCACGACUGGGAGGAGGAGCUGAAGCGUUUGGGUGCCUUGGGCUGGAGGGUGAGCGCAGUCAAUGAGCGCUUCGACAUGGCCCCCAGCCUGCCCCGGUACCUCUGGGUGCCCAGCGGGCUCCUGGACCACGACCUCAAGCGAACCUUCGCCCACUUUGAGGAGCGCCGGGUGCCACGCCUGUGUUGGCACCACCCGGGCGGCAGCGACCUGCUGCGAGCCGCCGGCUUCCACGCGGCCUCGGAGCCGGGGAGCGAAGACGUGAGGUGCCUGGAGGCUUUGCUGCUGGGGGGCCGUGGGCCCUGUGUGGUGGCCGACAGCGCGGAGCUGCCCACGCUCGCCGACAUCCAGCUGGCUCACCUCAGGCUGCGGGCGCUCUGUGUGCCCGGUGCAGCCGCAGAGGAGAAGUGGCUGUCGGCGCUGGAGGCGACGCGCUGGUUGGAGCACGUCCGCACCUGCUUGAGAAGAGCUGUGGAAGUGGCCUCGCUGCUGGCAGGGAGACGCUGCUCCGUGCUGCUGCAAGAGCCGUCAGACCGGGACCUGAACUGCCUCCUGUCCUCGCUGGUGCAGCUCCUGGGGGACCCCCAUUCCCGCAGCCUCCCCGGCUUCCAGAGCCUGGUGCAGCGGGAGUGGGUGGCUGCGGGACAUCCCUUCCCGCUCCGCCUGGGGCUGCUGCGGCGGGACAGCCCGCGGGAGGAGGCUCCCGUUUUCCUGCUGUUCCUGGACUGCACGUGGCAGCUGCUGCGGCAAUUCCCGGCGGCUUUUGGCUUCACCGAAGCUUUUCUCCUCGCCCUCCACGACAGCAGCUUCGCCCCUUACUUCAGCACCUUCCUCUUCAGCUGCCAACGGCAGCGGGGCCGCGGCAGCCCGCACCGACCCCGCAGCCAGACCUACACCCCGGCGCCGGGCUGGCGGGAGGCUCCCCCCGCGCCGGGGGUCCCGCUGCCGGGCGGGGCGGGCGCUGCCGGGGGGCGGCUGCCCGAGGUCUGGGCCUGGGGGCUGCGCUACAGCCGCCAGCAACGCGCCCGCUUCAGGAACCCGGCGGCGGCCGCCGGGACCCCCGAGGCCACGGAGCCCCCGGGGCCGGGCGGGCCCGCGGGGCCGUGGCCGGGUCCCGGCAGCGUGUUCGCGCUGUCCAAGGGCUCGUUGUGCCCCCAACCCUUCCCCUGGAGGAGCGGCCGCCCCCCCCCGCGCCUGCCCCGCUUCGCGCCCUCCCUGGACAGCGUCGGCGAGCGAGGGGUUAACCCGGGGGGCGGCCGACCCCCCGCGCCCCCCGCGGGGCUGCUGCUGCCCUGCGCCGCGGGACCGUCGGUGCGGCUCUGGCGCCGCUGUUACCUGCGGGCUCUGCCCGAGACACAGCGCGGCCGCUUCGCCCCGUGUCCCGCCGCCCUGGCCGAGGAGCUGCUGCUGCUCCAGGACCGGCUCCGCGCCCGGCAGCGCCGGGGGUCGCGCCCCGAGCCCAGCCGCAGCCCCCCGGCGCCGUCCCGCUGAGGGUCCCGCCCGCGGCUCCCCCCGGCCCCGGCGGAUUCGCGGCUCUGGGGGGUUUUGGCUCAUUAAAUCCUCGCUACCUCCGCA